AUGGAGAAGAGAAACAAUGGAGAAGAGAACAAUGAUACUUGUGGAGAAGAGAAAUCAGACAAUGAUACUUGCGGAGAAGAGAAAUCCAACAAUGAUAGUUGCGGAGAAGAGAAAUCCAACAAUGAUAGUUGUGGAGAAAAGAAAUCAGACAGUGACACUUGUGAAGAAGAACGCAACAUCACUGAUGAGCAACAAACAGAAGCAGACAGUGACCCUGAAGACCUUUGGGAACAGACUCUUGAACAGUCCAAAGAAAAUGCUAUAGAUGUCGACAUUCUACAAAAACAAGCAGAUGAUAUCACUUGUAAUAAAGUAAGUCAUCUUACCAAAGAGCAACUACAACAAAAAGCCAGCAAGGAUCCAAAAGGACUUUUGAAAACUACAACACUACAGGAAAACACAACAGACACAGAAAACAAGACUGGUCAUGACAAGAUCAAUAUUUUGCUUUUUGAUGAUGACCAAGAAGAAGGCGUUUCCUGUGCAACAGAGAGUUUUGUGACUGAAGAACGGUCACAGAGAGAAGCCAGUGAAGAUACAGGUCAUGAAGUUCAGAUGUCUGAAACAUUCAAAGACACUGCAGUUGAUUGUCAAACUCACAUAGAUGUAAACAUUGUGCAGGAACAAUUUUGUUUCAGCCAAAAAGAGAAUGUGUCUUAUGUUAUGAAUAGUUUAACAGCUGAAGAGCCAUCAGAAAUAGAAUGUGACGAGGAACAAUCAAUAUCCCAAGAAGAGAUUGAAAUUUUGCAGAACAGUGGAUCUGACUAUGAACCAUCUGGCCCAGACAGCAAGGUGUCUCCAUCACCAGAUUUAGUCUUUCUCUCAGAGCUUCCUUCUCCAUCACACAUCGAGUCAAAUGUUUCUGACUGCCUGGAACUAGACUCAGCCUGUUGCUCAGCUCUAAAUCCCAUCAGUGCUGAUGUUGGCAUUAGAGAAACCAUCUCACAUUCUCUGCCUUUUGACUCUUGUGAAGAAUCUUCUCCAUUUUCAUCUUCUACCAAUGAAUUACUCCCAGAUUGGACUCCAGACAUUUUUAUUCCCCCUCAUGGAGGAGGUGGUGUUUUCUUUGACUUGACCCACCAAUAUCCCAAGUCCUUAUGGGAUGCUGUAAAUCGCAUCAGGAAACAUACAGCGCCUGAUUCUGAGAAUGAGGAAGAGGAAGUAAGCGAGCACUGGGAUCCAGAGAGCAUACGGGAGGGUAUGGGCUUCCCAGAUGCAGUAUUCAACAUGAACUCUGAGACUGUAGCCAAGCAGGAUCCAUGCUGUACUGAACAAAGUGUUGAGGAAGACACGCUGUCCUGCAGCAGCCACAGCUCUGGAGACACUGUUAUUGUAACAGAGGAAGAUGAGGUUCAGGCAAUUCAACUUGACCAAGUGUUUGCAGGGGCUGACGGCGAGGGAUCCUGCUCUGGUGAAGUAAAUGAUGAGACAGCAGCUGAGGAAGAAAGAGAGGAUGAGCCCGUGAAGACAGACAUGAGAGAAUUGUGUGUGAGUGAGGAGACCAGUGUGGAGGACAUGAAAAUAAAUAGUGUAGGAGAGGACACAGGUUGUGAUUGUUAAGCUGUACAUAGACAUUUAACAAUGAAAUACAAGUAUUUAUUUGUUUUGCUAGCUGACAUUUUACAGUAGGGAAAUCUAAAAUACUCUCAAUCAGAUCUAGUUUUAUCACACCUUUUAUUGAUCCAAGUUGAUAUAUGCUAUUAGCAAUUAUGAUACAUUUACAUAAAAUGUUUAAUUAUUUGCAGUGACUUAGGUGCGCAUCGUUAUUUGGCAACAUCCGGUGUUAAAAUGGAAAGGGUUGUGUCAGGAAAAAAAGUAAGCAGGGGGCCAUUUCAUAGUUUUGCAAUUAUAUUUAGUGUCUAAUGUUAUAUUCCAUCUUAUUUUUUGUAAACACAAAUAUUAUGUAAUAAAGGAUAGAUGACAGUUUGCAUCACCUUGGACAUUUUUUCCCUUUAGUGCAGCAAUAGUCUUAUGAUUCCCAGCUCUAAAAGGCCAUUUCACAGCAUCUCUGUUGGGUUCAAAUGAUUCUGUUGUGUGUUGUGUUGCAGAAUAAGGUGUUAAACCAUAGGUGAUAAAACCUUUUUCAAUGGCUGCCCCCCCAGUCUAUGAAAUAGUAUACCUUCUCAUGUAAGAACAACCCAGACUCUGAAAACAUCUUUUCUCCUUGGCAUUCAAUUCAGGAUGAGCUAGACAACUUUCUAUUGUGCUGCUUCUUUCUUAUUCUAUUAUCUUUAUUCUACUAUAUAUUAAUUUUGUUUCUGCUGUGUAUUUGUUAUACAUGUGCAGCACUUAGGUUAACGAGGGUUGUUUUAAAUGUGCUAUUUAAUAACAUUGACAUUGUUGUGGAUUAUAUACAGUAAGAGACACUAAUGUGGUGUAUAAAUGGCAGUUAGUGUUAAACUCAUUUUGAUGUUGUAUAAAUAUAUUUCGAGUAAAGACACAACAGCUGCAGGAAACAUACAAAAUUUAUAUAUAAAACAAGUCAUUUAAAGAGACAGCAAGUUCAUUUUUAUAAACAGUGAAAUGAAUGACAUCAAACGGUCCUGGCUUUUCAUGGACAGUGUAGCACAAGUGCUUUCCAACUGAGGAGGAAUCUCUACUUACAACUUAGUGAUACUAGGUUUAAGAAGUCACUAAGGGAAAAAAGAAACUCUUUAAAUGUCAAAAUACAAGAGAAUUACAGCUGGUUUUGGGAGUAAAGAAUGAAAACGUUUACAUGAACAAUCUUAUCUUAUUCCUAUUUUAUGCUUUUUGUUAAGUGUAAAGACUUUAAGGGCAACGUUAGAGUAAAUGGAUUUUUUUUUCCCCCCAGACAUAAUUACUUGUUACUGUUUUUGCAACAUUUGAGCCCUUUCAUUAAUAUGAAUUUGAUGUUUUAUUUACCUUGAAACAGAUGUAGUCUCCAAUAUUUCAUGUUUCACUGUCCAAAUUAAAGAAAUAAUUCCAUGGGAGUGUAACAUUUAGUUGCUAAUAUCUGUAGAGGAAAACAUGUGAUCAGUACUGUAAUUCAUUUCACAACAACAUUACUGAGGUUCCUCUAAUGAGUAAGAGGGGAUCAGUCAUUUAAGUAGUGUGAUACAUUUGUUCAGUAAUAAAGGCACUCCCUCUCUC